CCGCCGGGACGCGGGCCAAGCCUGCUUUCAGUUUCCUUUCUGGGCCUGCGCCCGGGAGUCGCCGGGACCGUGACGUGGGGGAGCCUCCGGUUCCCAUUGGGAGGCGGAGUUCGGCAGGGACCAAUUCGGGCGCUGGUCCGGGAGAAAUCUCGGUGCAGGGAUCGCAAGAGCGGAGAUUACCGCGGGACGCGCUGUGGGGCGCGGUGCGCGGCGGAUCGCAACCCGGAACUGGCCCGGCGGGGGACGAGCGACGCCAGCCCCGCACUCCUGCCCGAGCUCCGCGCCGGCAAGUCGGAGCAGAAGCCCCACCAGUGAGCUGAGGCCCCGCUGAGCUAAGGACUAAGUACACCAUGGCCAUGUCAGCACCAUUGCGGAGCCUGGAGGAGGAGGUGACCUGCUCCAUCUGCCUCGAUUACCUGCGGGACCCUGUGACCAUCGACUGUGGCCAUGUCUUUUGCCGCAGCUGCACCACCGACGUCCACCCUGCCUCGGGGGGCCGCCCCGUCUGCCCCCUCUGCAAGAAGCCUUUUAAGAAGGAGAACAUCCGCCCAGUGUGGCAGCUGGCCAGCCUGGUGGAGAACAUUGAGCGGCUGAAAGUGCACAAGGGCAGGCAGCCGGGCGACGCAGCCCAGGAGCACUGCGACGGGAAGCUGUGCGAGCGGCACCGGGAGAAGCUGCACUAUUACUGCGAGGAUGACGGGCAGCUGCUGUGUGUGCUGUGCAGGGAGUCCCCGGGUCACAGGCCCCACAGGGCCGUUCUGCUGGAGAAGGCUGCCCAGCCCCACAGGGAAAAAAUCCUGAACCACCUGAGUACUCUAAGGAGAGACAGAGACAAAAUUCAGGGCUGUCAGGCGAAGGGAGAAGCGGAUAUCCUGGACGUGCUAAAGCAGCUCCAGGAGCAGAGGCAGCUCAUCGUGGCUGAGUUCGAGCAGGGCCACCAGUUCCUGAGGGAGCGGGAGCAGCGCCUGCUGGACCAGCUGGCGAGGCUGGAGCAGGAGCUGGCGGAGGGCAGGGAGAAGUACCAGGCCAGGGGCGCCGGGGAGCUUGCCCGGCUGGCGCUCGUCAUCUCCGAGCUGGAGGACAAAGCACAGCAGCCCGCUGCAGAGCUCAUGCAGGACACCAGGGACUUCCUGAACAGGUUUCCGCGGAGGAAGUUCUGGCUUGGGAAACCCAUUGCUCGGGUGGUUAAGAAAAGGAGCGGAGAAUUCUCAGAGAAGCUUCUAUGUCUGCAGAGAGGCCUGAGGGAAUUCCAGGGGAAGCUGCGGAGAGACUUGGAAUAUAAGACAGUGAGUGUCACCCUGGACCCACAGUCGGCCAGUGGGUACCUGCAGCUGUCAGAAGACUGGAAAUGCGUGACCUACAACAGUGACCUGUACCACGGUGCUUACCUGCACCCCCAGCAGUUUGACUGUGAACCAGGGGUGCUAGGCAGUAAGGGUUUCACCUGGGGCAAGGUGUACUGGGAAGUGGAGGUGGAGAGGGAGGGCUGGUCUGAGGAUGAAGAGGAUGGGGACGAGGAGGAGGAGGUGGAGGAGGAGGAGGAGGAGGAGGAGGCUGGCUAUGGAGAUGAACACGAAGAUGACUGGUUCGGAACAGAUGAGGAUGAGGAGUCGCUGGGGGACGAAGAGGAAGAAGAGGAGGAGGAGGAGGAAGAGGAGGAAGUCCUGGGAAGCUGCAUGGUGGGGGUGGCCAGAGACUCUCUGAGGAGGAAAGGAGAGCUCUCCAUGCGGCCAGAUGAUGGGGUGUGGGCGCUGCGCCUCUCCUCCUCCGGCGUCUGGGCCAACACCCACCCCGAGGCGGAGCUCUUCCCCGCAGUGCGGCCUCGGAGAGUGGGCAUCGCCCUGGACUACGAAGGCGGCACUGUGACUUUCACCAACGCGGAGUCGCAAGAACUCAUCUACACCUUCACUGCCACCUUCACCCGGCGUCUGGUCCCCUUCCUGUGGCUCAAGUGGCCUGGGACACGCCUCUGGCUGAGACCGUGAGCGCCUGCCCCUCCGCACUGGCCCUGCCACCCCAUGUCUCUUCUCUGGAAUCCGAGCACUGGGGGGAGGAGGUGCCUGGCCGUAGCACCUGAGCAAGGGGGAGGAGGGACCCCACAGUGCUGCUGGUCCCCUCCCUGGGACUGUGGCCCCCAUGGCCUCGUUCAGGGCUGCUGCUCCCUCCACACUGCUGUGGCCGGCUCCUCUGCUGUAGCCUGGGGUCCUGCGCAGACUUCCAGCCUGCAGUCCACGCGGGCUGCUCCCUCCACACUGCUGUGGCCGGCUCCUCUCCUAUAGCCUGGGGUCCUGCGCAGACUUCCAGCCUGCAGUCCACGCGGGCUGCUCCCUCCACACUGCUGUGGUCAGCUCCUCUCCUGCAGCCUGGGGUCCUGCGCAGACUUCCAGCCUGCAGUCCACGCGGGCUGCUCCCUCCACACUGCUGUGGCCGGCUCCUCUCCUGCAGCCUGGGGUCCUGCGCAGACUUCCAGCCUGCAGUCCACGCGGGCUGCUCCCUCCCUCCUGCCCACUGCCUUCCACCCAGCCCUGCACUCCGCUGAGUGAGAGGCCAGGCAGCGUUUUCCGGCCCAUGUAGCCUCCCACACCAUAUGUCCUUGGGAAAGAUCAGUGGACUGUCCCACCCCAGCCAUUUUGCUGUCCCCAAAUCCCAUGGCCUCCCCCUCACCCAGAUCCACCUGCUAUCUUGCCUGGCACUUUAUUUUUUUUUAUCCUCACCGUAGGACAUUUUUUCUUUCUUUGUUCAGAUAGAGCGGGAGGGAGAGACAGGAAGAGA